GAUGACGAAGAACCACCGCAACCAAUCGAGUUUUACACAUUCUGGAGCUAUCACGCGGCCAAUGAGCUUAUGAACGAGCUUAUUAUGGAGGAAGUCGGCAAAAGCACUACCGCAGCGACGUGGGAUGCUGAGGCACGCAAAUGUGUCCAUUGCAUCCAGAAGGUGCGGAAACGGGUGAAUCAAAGACAAAAGCGCUACGGAGCAAAGAUUCGCUCACAAGCGAGACAGCACCUCAGCAGCCGGCGAGAUCUGAUUGCAGCCAGUGUGGAGGAACUCAGGGAGGAGAGGAUGGUGCGAAUCGGUCAACAGCUAGAACGAACCACGGAA